AUGACUAUACAAGAGAGAGGUACCAUGGAGAGAGUUACCAAGGCACAUUUCCUCCUCGCCCUUAUCGUGGUGUUCCUAGCUGUGGCUGAGGGAGGAAGGGAUGCCCCAAUGAAAGACGACGUCUACAACCCUCAGAACUUUUUUGGCUUCGGCUGGUUCCCUUUUUUCCCAUUUUUCCAUCAUUUCCCCUGGUUUGGAGGCAUGCACAAAGUUGAAGCUGGGCAAAAGGAUAGGGUUAAUGGCAAAGAGGGGCUCGAUGAUGUUCCAAAGGUUUAUGGAAAUGCUGCAGCUGGAUAUCCAUGA